GUGUCACUGAGCUCCUGCCACGCUUUCCAUCGGUCUUGAAGUUUACGCAGAGCUGGACCUCACGAUGGCAGAAUCAGAGAUUGCACCGAAGUUCGCGCCGUUCAUCGGAAUGGCGGGCAUCUGUUUCGCGAUGACCUUCGGAUGUGUGGGCGCGGCGUAUGGCACGGCAAAGUCGGGCAUUGGAAUUGCUGGAGUGGGCACCUUCAGACCAGAUCUGAUCAUGAAGUCACUCAUCCCGGUUGUCAUGUCCGGUAUCAUUGCCGUAUAUGCUCUGGUAAUUGCUGUUCUCAUAGCAUCGGAUAUCGGACCUCCUCCUGCACAAAAUUACAGUUUGUUCAAUGGAUUCAUGCAUUUGGCAUGCGGUCUAUCGGUAGGCUUGACGGGACUCGCGGCCGGAUACUCGAUAGGGAUAGUAGGAGAUAUGGGCGUACGGUCAUACAUGCAACAGUCGAGGAUUUUCGUUGGAAUGGUCCUUAUUCUAAUUUUUGGGGAAGUCUUGGGUUUAUAUGGACUCAUUGUUGCCUUGAUUCUCAAUACAAAGAGCAAAGGCUAGGCUUGGCCCCACUUUACCCGAAGAUUGUACAACAAGGUACAGAAGAACCGUCUAUAUUGAAGGUGGCACGAAGAGCAUUGUUUGAUUAAAGAGGUGGUGGAGCUGCAUUGCAGGAGUUUGGGGUCGUGUAUGAAGGGAGGGGAGAUCCAUUGCAGAUCUUACAAUUCGAGCAAAUUUAUAGGUACUCAGAGUGUCCACAGAUUCUCUGUGUACGUAUCUACGACUACCGGAGAGGGGGGCAUCACCUUGCCCUCAAAUUCAAGAGCGAGUCUCGACCACAUUUAGGAUUGUAUCUAACACCGAGGACGGUAUUCUGUCAGCCUCGAGCGAGGACAUCCUCGUGUGCG